GGUGUGCUCGGAAUCGUCGUGGUGCUGAUGAGUGAGUGAGCCGGACAUGGGGUGGGCGUGGAGUGUGCCGGGAGGCGUGGUUACGUGUCUGGCGGAGAAGGGUGGUUGAGCAGGGGGUGCCGCUCUUGCGCCGGUGUCACUUGAAGCUCUUGGUGUUCUCAGAGACAGUGGUGGUUGAGGCGGCGAAGCUCUAUAGAGGCCGGUCACUGAGGAAUAGAGAGAGAGAGGCCGCUCCUGUCACACCGCUCUAGUCUCUGCUGCUUCCAUGUCUCGCUGUGUGAGGUAUCACUGACACUUGUCAUUGGUCUGCCCGGACACCGAACCGCCGCUCACCCACACAGGAAAAGAGAAGAAGAAGGAGGCGGAGGAGGAAUUCUUCAUACAGCUCGGUGUCAUCUCCCCCGGUUAUGGCCGUCCUGGAUCUGGCCCUGCAGGGACUCGCCAUCUUCGGCGUCGUCCUCUUCUUAGUCAUAUGGUUCAUGCAUGUCUUAUCUAUUAUUUACACGAGACUACACCUUAACAAGAAGGCGUCCGACAAGCAACCUUACAGCAAGCUUCCUGGAGUUUCCCUUCUUAAACCAUUAAAGGGGGUGGAUCCCAAUCUCAUCAACAAUUUAGAAACCUUUUUUGAACUGGACUAUCCAAAAUUUGAAAUCCUUCUCUGUGUGCAAGAUGUUGAUGAUCCGGCAGUGGAUGUAUGUAAAAAGCUUAUUGGAAAAUACCCGAAUGUGGAUGCCAAUUUGUUUAUAGGUGGCAAAAAGGUUGGCAUUAAUCCAAAAAUAAACAAUCUAAUGCCUGGCUAUGAACUUGCCAAGUAUGAACUCAUCUGGAUAUGUGACAGUGGGAUCAAAGUGAAACCUGACACAUUGACUGACAUGGCUAAUCAGAUGACGGAAAAGGUUGGCUUGGUCCAUGGACUUCCUUAUGUAGCAGACAGGCAAGGCUUUGCUGCAACACUAGAACAGGUUUAUUUUGGGACUUCCCAUCCAAGGUCUUACGUUUCUGCUAAUGUGACUGGUAUCAAGUGUGUUACUGGUAUGUCUUGCUUGAUGAGGAAAGAAGUUCUGGACCAAGCAGGAGGGCUUAUUGCAUUUGCCCAAUACAUAGCUGAAGAUUAUUUCAUGGCCAAGGCAAUUGCAGAUCGGGGAUGGAAAUUUUCUAUGGCUACACAGGUCGCAUUGCAAAAUUCUGGUUGCUACUCUAUAUCUCAAUUUCAAUCUCGAAUGAUUAGGUGGACGAAGCUAAGGAUCAAUAUGGUUCCUGCUACAAUCAUAUGCGAGCCUAUAUCUGAAUGUUUUGUAGCCAGUUUAAUCAUCGGCUGGGCAGCACAUCAUAUCUUUCGAUGGGACAUCAUGGUGUUUUUUAUGUGUCAUUGUCUAGCAUGGUUUAUAUUUGACUAUAUUCAACUCCGAGGUGUUCAGGGAGGUCCGCUUCCUUUUUCAAAACUGGACUAUGCAGUGGCCUGGUUCAUCCGUGAAUCUAUGACUAUAUACAUUUUUCUAUCUGCCCUCUGGGAUCCCACGAUCAGUUGGAGGACGGGGCGAUAUAGGUUAAGAUGUGGUGGCACAGCGGAAGAAAUUCUAGAUGUAUAGUUUUCAAUUUAUGACUGUAUAUAAAAGAAGAAAAUUUCAAAAAAGGAAAAAAAGUAUUAUUAAUUGUUUAUACGAAUGCUUUUAAAAAAGACAAAAAAACAAAAACCUACCUUUUUGAAUAGUUUUUACAUGUAUGUUUUGCUGUCUGAUCUUUAAAUUAUUUUGCAUGGCACUUGCAUCUGUGAAGACUUAACAUGUUUGUAAUUUAGUCCAUAUGGGGCAAUACUGAAUUUAUUUCUUUUUUUAUUAAAAAAAAAAAAGAGAGAUAAUUUCAAGAUGUUAGCAGUACUCUGCAGUAAACUUCAUGGAAGCGGGGGAAAACAUUGUGCUGUUUUGAAUAUGUGGAGCUGGAUGCAGUUUCUGUGAAAAAUGAGAAAUUAAGGCAGUAAUAUUUUCUAGUGAUUAUAAUCUGAGCCCUAACACAACAAUAAUAAUAAUAAUGUGUGCAUCAAUUCACUAUUCCCUUUUUUAUAAAAGAAAACCAGUAUCUUACUGGAUUUCUUACACACUGUUUGCUACCUCGUAGCAUUGCUGCAGAGUAAGUAUAAUCUCCACUUAGUGGCAACCUGUAGGUGUAUUUUCUAUAAACGGCAAGAGAAGCAAUUUUAAAGUGUACUAGUUGUCGGGAUCAGCCGUUUUUUGGGUUGAAGCAGCAUAUUUGUAAAUGCAAGCCAAAUACUAAGGACCAUUGACUGCGUUUUAGUGACUUUUCUGGUUCAUAGUAAAUGGAAUGCAUUGUCCUAAAUAUUGGCACAGGCUAAAACAAAUGGCUGGCUGACUAAUGUGUAUAAGCAAAGGUUAAAAGAUGGAUUGUCUUCCUAGCUGUUACUGCAAUGAACCAAAAGUAGACUGUUUGAUUGCUCCCUAUGGCUAGCCAUGCUCCUAAAGAUCAUUACUAAUUUGUCCCAUCUGGGACUCUUGCUAAUCACAAUGCUGUACUUCACUUUUGCCUUUUGCCGCCAUAAUUCCUCCUGGUGAGGUGUUUUUUUUUUUUUUCUUUAGUAUUGUCCCCCUCCCCCGGUUUACAUUUGUUUCUACAAAUGGUAGAAAUGGCAUUUAGAAAGCAACUCACGCGUUUAACUAUUUUCUUACUCCACAUAAAAAUAAAAAUUGCCUAAGUCAUUUUGUAACAUAUUUAGUAUCUUUUUAAUGCAUGUAUGAUGAGCAGACUGAAUCACCGUAAAUAAUGUAAAUAUAUAUUUAAAUGUAUAAAAACAAAGUGAGGUUAUAUUUGCCGCAUUGAAGAGCUGUAUACAGUCUUAAUUUAUUAGCUAUCAAACAUGUCUACUGUUGGGUUGUAUGCUUUAUACAGUUGGAUCUAGUUGUAUUUAAAUUUAUUUUUUUGUUAAUUAUUUUUUUUAAUCUAUACUUGUUUAACGGCUAAAAAAAGCAAAAUGUAAAUGCAUGCUGUAUAUUCAUAUAACCGUUUGUAUUUAUUAUUCUCAACCCUAAUGUCUGGUUUCCAGUGAAUCUGUGGUGAACUGGGCGUGUUUUUGGUUAUGUACAUGCACUUAAAAGAAGUGAACAAGAUAUGCAUAAGCCUUCAAGAAUAUGUGUCAGUGUCUUGCUAUGCCAUCUCAAUCACCUCCCAUGUUUCCAUCCUGGCUAGUGUAUAGGAAUCUUGCAUAAGCUUGAACCUUUGUUGUUCUUAGCUUAACACAUGCCAGAGAACUCUCUCUCUCUAUUUUAAACCUCGGGCUUCCGAAAAUGAAUAUUUGGGUAGAUGCUGUUGGCUGGAAUCUCUCACCUGCUUAUCACUUUUAGGGACUGCGGUGACGAGAACUAUGCAGCUAAAAAUCCCAGACCUACCAAGCUGCCAUGAUCAUUUACACAUGCAUAUCACAGUCCUUGUUUGAUUCUCUAUUCAUUUUACAUUUCGGAGAUGAUGGUGGCAGUUGUAGGGUUCCUGCUACAAAAAGUGGAUUGAGAUUCUUUUGCUUGGGUGACCGAGACAGAAUCUCCAGCUUGGUAGGUCAUACCUGAGGAGCCAGUGGAGGAUUCAGCCCACCAGCAUCUAUUUAUAGCCAAAGUAUCAGGUUUGAGUGAUCUAGCCUGAAAUACAGCAGACAUUCAGGGGUUGAUUUACUAAGACUGGACAAUGCAAAAUCUGGUGCAGCUCUGCAUGGUAGCCAAUCGGCUUCUAACCUAAGAUUUGACCAAAUAAAACCUGGAAGCUGAUUGGUUUCUAUGCAGCGCUGCACCAGAUUUUGCACACUCCAGUUUUAAUAAAUCAACCCCUCAAAGCCUAGUACUCUAUAGCAGCUAUUGAAAAUGUGUCUGUUGUCUCAAUAAAUUGCAGAAAUUUGGUGGCUGUGGUUAAAGGCACAGCAUGCCUGUUUGCACUACGUUAAGUGAAGUCCUGUGUCUCGAAAGCAAUAAUUACCUCUGUUAACAUUCGGGCACCUAUUUUCCUUACUGAGCCUAUAAAUAUUUUGCCCAGAAUUGUAUCCACUUAAAGUGAUUUCUCUGGCCAGAUCCAUCCUAGCCAGCUUACUGUUUUGCCUUAUGACAUCAUCAUAUUUUGUUUGAAGGGCAUCUGUAUCAAACUGGUGGGGUGAGGCUUUUGUUGCAUGUUCGCAUUCUUUACAUGAAUCGGGGGACCUGUUUCCCUGAGGAAAUGGCACAUUGCAAGCCAGUCUAGUUGUGACCCACAUAAGCUGUCCAUUAAAUGCUUUCUAUAAUUUGUUACAUAUUUUUGUAUUUUUUCAUUUAAAUUUUAUUUUUUUUGGUGUGUUUUUGAAAUUUUGAGCAAUGCAAUCCCUUUACACUGCAAUCCACGGCAUACUCCAUGCUAUCCGUAAGCUUUUGAGUGUUCGCAGUGUAUAGAGACUGAAGACUGGAUGGACUUUCAAUGUUUGUUUUCUUGAUAGAACAAUGAUGUUUUGCACUUCUCAUACAUCUGCUUAUUGAGGAAACUUCAAGCUGCUCUGAAGAGAGCUGAAGCUUUGGAAUUACCAUACUGUGUUAAAGUGGUCGUAAAGUUGAUGCAAAUGAGGACUUGUGUAGAUUUUUUCAGUGUUUAUUUAAAAUCAUUGUUCCUCAAGUUCUUUGUUCCAAGGUAAAAAAGAAUAAAUUUUGAUUAUAGUGAAAUGAAAAA